AUGGACUCCGACGUGGACGAGUCGGGGGAUGACACCGUGCCCGCCGAUCCAGAGAAGUGGGAGCGUCCAGAUGUGCUGCGGUGUGUGCGCUGGGUGGCGCGCACGUUCGGCGUGUGUGCACCGCGCAAACAUCUCCUGCCUGACACCGGCCGCGCGCUGCUGGCCCUCACCGAGGAUAACUGGGUGCAGGUAUGCGACGGCAGCGAGCAGUCAGCGCGCAUCUACCACGCGUACCUUCGGCACGCACACGCCGGCGCCACGGGCCAGCCGCCGCCGGAGCCACUGCCCGAACACCAGGCCACCACCAGCGCUACUGCUACUGAUUACAACCCGUACGGCGCGCUGAGCGGGUGCGCGCGCGCGGCCGGCGGACAGGUGCAGCUGUGGCAGUUCCUGCUGGAGGAGCUCGCGGCCGGGGCGCCCGGGAUCUGCUGGGAGGGUCCUCCGAAUGAGGGAGAGUUCCGCCUGUCAGACCCGGACGAGGUGGCGCGGCGCUGGGGCCGGCGCAAACAGAAGCCCAACAUGAACUACGACAAGCUGUCGCGCGCGCUGCGAUAUUACUACGACAAGAACAUCAUGAGCAAGGUGCACGGCAAGCGGUACGCGUAUCGGUUCAGCUGGGCGGGGCUGGCGGCGGCGUGCCAGGCGCAGGCCGGGGACGCGCCGCCCUACUGGCACUACCUGCCACCCUCCGCCACCGCCACCGACGCUACGACACCUACCACCACUGCGCCCUAG